AUGCCGAUACGGGCAGGUCGGGCUCCUGCGACUCCUGCGACUCCUGCGACUCCUGCGACUCCUGCGAAUUGUCCAUACCGAACCCCCGAAGCCACUGACCAGCGCCGUCGGAAGAUCGGCCAGCAGGUGGGCUGAUGAUUUCGUUGUCGUCGUCGUCGUCGUCGGCGAUGAUCCGAAACCCUCGGCGAGAAAAAGGCUAAAAACCCCGCCCCCGAAAGCAAAAAAAAAAAGCCCCGAAGGCGAAAGGAAAGGAAAGGAAAGUUUAUCGAAAAGUCAUCGAAAAUUCAUCGAAAAUUCAUCGAAAAAGUCAAAAGCACGCUGCACGCGACCACUUUCCUUUCCAGUUCCCGUUGCCAGUCGUCCGUCCCAUCCAGAGUUCAGAUGGUGGCUUCGCUUUGCUCUGGGUGGCGAAAGAAUCAUCGUAUCAACUAGUAUCGCGACUCGCGAGCCCUUCCCCUCCCCCCUUCUCCGAUCGGAAGAUUUUUUUCGACUGCUCCAACUACCACCCUACCGUACCCUACCCUAUCUACUACUAGUUCCGUACCAUAGCACCAGCUAGUCUAGCUGACAGCGGAAUAACCUCCCAAACCGUAGUAGCCUCCAUCAUAUCCCACCUAGCCUCCAUACCCUACACACCUAGCUUACAUAGCCACACAUCAUGAUCGCCGCCAGCGCAGCUGCGCAGUAUUGCCGAGGUGGCCUACUCUACCGUACCGUAGGUUCCGUACUCACGAGAGAUACAUAUGCGGUGACGUUUUUUGCAGUGGUGGCAUCGGAGUGGAGAUGUGGAGUGGAGAGGAGGGAGUGGAGGGGAGGCGGUGGGUUGG